AUGGCGGCUGCUGACGUGAAAGUUAACGCGGAAGUGCGCGACUUAACGCGGAUAGAGCGCAUAGGGGCGCACUCCCACAUCCGUGGUCUUGGUCUUGAUGAUGCACUGGAAGCGCGUGCCGUGUCACAAGGCAUGGUUGGGCAGGCCAAAGCCCGCAAGGCCGCGGGAAUCAUCCUACAAAUGAUUAAGGAAGGGAAAAUUGCGGGACGCGCGAUGCUGCUAGCUGGCCAGCCUGGUACGGGGAAGACAGCCAUCGCCAUGGGCAUGGCAAAGGCGUUAGGCGAUGAAACUCCCUUUGCCAUGAUGACGGGUUCCGAGAUCUUCUCCCUGGAGAUGUCGAAAACGGAAGCGCUCACUCAGGCUUUCCGUAAAGCUAUCGGCGUCCGGAUCAAAGAGGAGACGGAGAUCAUCGAGGGUGAGGUGGUGGAGAUCGAGAUUGACCGGCCCGAGGGCGGCAACGCGGCAAAGACGGGCCGCUUGACUCUCAAGACCACGGAGAUGGAGACCAUCUACGACCUCGGGCAGAAGAUGAUCGAGUCCCUGACCAAGGAGAAGGUCACCGCGGGGGAUGUCAUCACAAUUGACAAGGCGUCAGGCCGCAUCACACGGCUGGGUCGCUCGUUCGCAAGGUCACGAGACUACGACGCCAUGGGUCCCUCGACCAAGUUUGUGCAGUGUCCCGAGGGAGAGCUCCAAAAGCGGAAGGAGGUGGUGCAUGUGGUCACGUUGCACGAGAUUGACGUCAUCAAUAGCCGUACGCAGGGCUUCCUGGCGCUGUUCUCGGGGGACACGGGUGAGAUCCGGUCCGAGGUCCGCGAGCAGAUCGACGCCAAGGUUGCGGAGUGGCGGGAGGAGGGCAAGGCUGAGAUCGUGCCUGGUGUGCUGUUCAUUGACGAAGUACACAUGCUGGACAUUGAGUGCUUCUCAUUCCUUAACAGGGCACUCGAGAACGAUAUGGCGCCCAUCCUGGUGACCGCCACCAACCGCGGCAUCACGCGGAUCCGCGGCACGCAGUACCGCUCCCCGCACGGUGUCCCUAUCGACCUGCUGGACCGCCUACUCAUCAUUUCCACGGAGCCGUACACCGAGAAGGAGAUCCGCCUCAUCCUGGAUAUCAGGUGUGAGGAGGAGGACGUGGAGAUGUCGGAGGACGCUAAGGAGCUGCUGACCAAGAUUGGCUUCGAAACCAGUUUGCGAUAUGCGAUUCAGCUCAUCACGGCGGCGGCCAUUGUGUGCCAACGGCGCAAGGGCACGGAGGUGGACAUCGAGGAUAUCAGCAAGGUGUACAGCAUGUUUGUGGAUGUAAAGCGCAGCACGCAGUUCCUGAUCGAGUACCAGGAGCAAUACAUGUUUAACGAGGUGCCCGUCGGCGAUGGCGAGGAGAUGGAGACUUCUCUAUGACGAGGGGGACGUUGCACAGGCGGGCGGGGGAAGGGGAGUAGGGGGCCAAGCAGGGAUGUUUCUGCAUGGAUGAGCGCAGAGGACAGGAGCGCUGCCAAGCCAUGCAGCUUCGUCCAUGACGCGAGACCUUGAUGUAGGUCUCUCUUUUACUGAUGGUGAUUGUAAAAAGGUUAAAGGCGGCUGUGGCCAUUUGGUAAAAUUUGAAAGCCAGCAAAUUGUACGGAACUUUUAACUUCAACCGCAAUCCAAUGAAGAAUAUAAAAUUUG